AGGCCGGCGCUGAGCGGCAGAGGCGGCGCGGCGGGGGUCCGGUGGCGGCGGCACCUGCCUGCUGAGGAGGCCGCUCGCAGCCCCCGGUGGAGGGGAGGGAGAGAGGGAGGGGGGCGCACCGGCGGUGAGGGGGAGCCCCCAACUUUGCCCCGCCGCAGGAAGUCCCUCGAACCUGGCCGAAGAGGGGCCGGGGCUCCUCCGUCCCUCACCCUCCGCGACGUCUGAGGGAGAAAAAUGCCGAAGAAGAAGCCCGGGCCGAUUCAGCUCAACCCGGCUCCGGAUGGAUCCGCCGUCAACGGGACCAGCUCUGCAGAGACAAAUUUGGAAGCACUUCAGAAGAAGCUGGAAGAACUAGAGUUGGAUGAACAGCAACGAAAGCGCCUUGAAGCUUUCCUGACCCAGAAACAAAAAGUUGGAGAGCUGAAGGAUGAUGACUUUGAGAAGAUCAGUGAGCUGGGAGCAGGGAAUGGUGGUGUGGUCUUCAAAGUAUCUCACAAGCCGUCUGGUCUCAUAAUGGCCAGAAAGUUGAUUCAUCUAGAGAUCAAGCCAGCUAUUCGAAACCAGAUCAUUCGUGAGCUGCAAGUUCUACAUGAGUGCAACUCUCCAUACAUAGUGGGCUUUUAUGGAGCUUUUUACAGCGAUGGAGAAAUCAGCAUUUGCAUGGAACAUAUGGAUGGUGGCUCCUUGGAUCAAGUACUGAAAAAGGCUGGAAGAAUUCCAGAGCAGAUCCUGGGCAAAGUUAGCAUUGCGGUAAUAAAAGGACUCACAUAUCUGAGAGAAAAGCAUAAAAUAAUGCACAGAGAUGUUAAACCGUCUAACAUUUUGGUAAACUCCAGAGGUGAAAUCAAGCUGUGUGAUUUUGGUGUCAGUGGACAACUGAUAGAUUCUAUGGCAAACUCAUUUGUUGGCACACGCUCCUACAUGUCUCCGGAAAGACUACAGGGAACUCAUUAUUCGGUGCAAUCAGAUAUAUGGAGUAUGGGGUUGUCACUGGUAGAAAUGGCCAUUGGCAGAUACCCCAUCCCACCUCCUGACUCCAAGGAGCUUGAAUUAAUGUUUGGCUGCCCAGUAGAGGGAGAUUCUCCAGUCACCGAGACCUCACCCAGGCAAAGAACACCUGGUCGACCAGUGAGCUCCUAUGGACCAGACAGCAGACCCCCAAUGGCAAUCUUUGAACUUCUCGAUUACAUCGUCAAUGAGCCACCUCCAAAACUGCCCAACGGUGUUUUUGGUUCUGAAUUUCAAGAUUUUGUGAACAAAUGUUUAAUUAAAAAUCCUGCUGAGAGAGCCGAUUUGAAGCAGCUGAUGAUUCAUGCUUUCAUUAAGAGAUCUGAAGCGGAGGAGGUGGAUUUUGCGGGGUGGCUUUGUUCAACCAUAGGCCUUAACCAACCCAGCACCCCCACGCACGCCGCGGGCGUCUGACCAGGGGAGAGCAAAUCCUGUACUGUACAUCUGUUCACAACAACAACAACAACAACAAUGCUAUUUCGGUCCUAUUCCCUCAGCUUGUACCUGUUCAAACACGUUAAUUCACCUCUUAAGGAAGAAUGUCUUUAUAGCAUGUGCCAAAUGGUUUUAAAAAAAAUUUUGUCAGAAACUAAUUUGUAUCGUAUUGGGUUACGUUUUGUUUACUGACCAAAACGUUCAGGUGUUUAAGUUACAGUGCUUGCUGAUUUUAAGUGAAUAUGGAUAUUCUUUCUUAAUGAAGAUAUCACUGGGGGCGCCUACCCCCCCGGCUUGUUUGAACUUUAUCAAGAUUCUUUGUAAAUCGUUGGUACUUCAAUCAUGCUUACCUAAUCUCCUGUGCAAAAAGGGUUAGGGAUGCUCCUAAACUGUCUCUGUCGAGCAUGCUUUUUGCUGCUGCCAAACCCUCUCUGAAAGUCAGGCCUGACGGUUCCAAUUUUGCUGUUGUUUAGAGAUUUCUCUUUCCAGGUAAAGAAGGCGAGAGCUCUGCACUUCUUGGGAUGUACAGGGCGAUAUUCAAAGUGUAGACUUGUUCAUAUUUCUAUAUUUAUUUUUAAAACAUAUCAUCUUACUUGGAUUUAGUGGUGUACGUCUUUCUAAUUGAUUUUUAAAAGUUAGUUCUUGGAAGUGUCCUACAGAAUCAAGAGAAAGAUCCGGGCAACUUGCUUUCUUUUAACCUAAAAAAUCAUGACAACUGUGUUAGUGUCUGAAGUGUAUGAAGAUCCUUUAUUGUUUUAUUCUCUCAGAUGUUUAGCAAUGGAUUCUCUUAAUAAAUAUAUUAUCAAGUAA